AUGUGGCAGCACCACAACUUGAGUUCCCCGACUCUGGGGCCGCGUGAAGCGAAGCCGACGGUGCAGACCUCGCGGCGGGGAUGCACGCGAAGUGACGCGUGGUGCUCUUCUUUGGCAGGUGGCGGGCACGACGAUCCGUCGGAGUCGGUGCCAAACUCACGGGUGUCACCGCGCGCCUCUUCCUUCGCGCCGCCGCAACGCACGGCACCAUCACCAACUGAAUCGACGUCGCAGGGGUUGUUUGAAUUGCAACAUUUCAACCACCACAAGCAGCAGCAGCAACAGCAGCAGCGGCGGCAGAAGCAGCAACUUGUCAUUCGACAGGAAGACAUACGUGACGACGACUUCCAGCGGCUAGAGGUGUUGGGCGACGGUUCUUACUCCGUGGUGGUUUCCGCCCGCCACCUACCCACCCAGCAGCUUGUUGCGCUGAAGGAAGUAUCGCGGCGCCGCCUCCGUGAGCUGAAGUUGGAGAAGCAGUUGCAAUGGGAGAUCAACGUUCACCGCACGCUGCGUCAUCCCAAUGUGGUUCGUAUGCUGAGCUACUAUAUCACCCCGCAGACCGUUGUGCUUGUGUUGGAGAUGUGUCCAGGCGGGACGCUUUUGCAGAAACUGAAGACAAUGCCCGGUGGGAGGUUUGAUGAGCGGCGGGCAUCACGGUACGUUCGGCAGGCCGCGCGGGCGCUAACGUACCUGCACGGGCACGGAAUUGCCCACCGUGACUUGAAACUGGAGAACAUUUUUUUAGACGCGCACGGUGUGGCACGGCUGGGAGAUUUUGGGUGGAGUAAAGCCCUUGUGGAGCCAAAGGUGGAACAAGACCUUUCCUCCCACCAUGACAACUUUGGUACCGCCCCGUGCAGCGCGGUUAAAGACGUUUCGCCGUUGUGUAGUGGUGGCCGAGGUCGGCUGACUGUCUGUGGCACACUGGACUACUUGUCCCCGGAAAUGCUAAUUGGCAUGCCUCACACCUUCAAGACAGAUGUGUGGUCCCUCGGUGUCAUGCUGGCCGAGAUGCUAACUGGCGCACCACCCUUUUACUGUGUGUCGCAGCAGGACACACUCAAUGCGAUUCGUGAAGCAGCUCCUCAUUUGGGCGAUGACGUUCAAAUGUCAUCGCUGGCCCGUGAAUUGGUGCUGGCAAUGUUGCAGAAAAACCCAGAUGCACGUCCAACAAUGGCGGAAGUGCUACAACACCCAUGGACGAGACAAAAUGGGGAGAAGAAGAAGAAGAAGUAA